GGGCUGCCCCCCCGGACGGCACCUCGCUCCCCUGCCCCCUUUUCUCCUUGCAGGCAUGGAAGUGGCCGCCAGCCUCGUGGGCAAAGCGAGUUCCAUCCACGUGGUGGACAGAGGCCACGUCCCCUACCAGCUGGUCCUGGGGGAGCAGGUCGGCCGCGUGGCCUUGAAGAUGCUCCAGGCUCAGGGAGUCCAGUUCCACCUGAAGGCGGAGGUGGAGGAGCUGCAAGGCCAAGACGGAAAGGUCAGCCGCGUUGUCCUGGCCGGUGGGCACCAGAUCCCAGCCGACGUGGUGGUCGUGGGAAUAGGGGUGGUCCCGAACACAGCCUUCCUCCAAGGAAGCUCCAUCGCCCUGGACCGGAGCGGCGCUGUCCUGGUGGACCUGUUCAUGCAGACCAGCCUGCCCUCUGUCUUUGCGGCUGGGGACGUGGCCUCCUUCCCGGUGGCCCUCCUUGGCGGGGAAUGCGCGCCCAUCCGUCACUGGCAGAUUGCCCAAGCCCACGGUCACGUGGCUGCCUUCAACAUCCUUGGGCGGCAGAAGGCCCUCCACACCGUGCCGUUCUUUUGGACCCGCCUGCAAGCAAAGACCAUCCGAUAUGCAGGCUGCGGGAGGGGCUACACAGACACCGUCCUGAAGGGCAGCCUGGAGCAGGAGACCUUUCUCCUCUUCUACAUCAGGGAUGGCUUUGUGACGGCAGUGGCUGGCCUGAAUGUCGACCCCAUGGUCUCCCUGGUGGCUGAGGUCCUGGACUCGGGCCGGAGCAUCUCCAAGGAAGAGGCAGAAGCAAUGGAGAGGAAGGCGCUGCAGAAAACCUAACGCCGCCCAGUCUCACCUCUUGCGGAACUGGAGCACGGAAGAGAAAAGCAGCCCCUGCUCCAACCUUGGCAAAAUAAACCAUCGAGGAAGGUGGCUUGGCCUGAAUGGUUGUCUUUCUUCUGAACUCAGACUAAGGGGGGGGGGAGAGGUUCCACCAGGAAGGGCUGGCCACCAGUCCCCCCCAACACCCCCACCUCUCCGCUGCUCAGCCUGUCAGUUUUGCCCAGAACCCCACUUUGCCUCAGGGGCUGGGGCAACCCAACUGAGAUGCUGUUUAUUUGGGAGAGCCCCUUUUGAAACAAAAGCUUUUUUCUAUUGUGAACAGGUGAGAGGCUGUGGAAAAACUGGGGGGGGGGGAGAAACACCCCGAGCUAUUCUGAAGCCUUUUCAGAGCAAGCCCUCAGGAGGUCGUAAAGGCCAUGGGGUGGGGCAGGAGUUGGGGGUCUGUAACACAUCCAGAGGCCCCGGGCACCACGUCCAGGCCGGCGGCUUCCUCCGGUAAAGCGCU